AUGCUGAGCUUUGCUACUUUCGUCAUCCUUGCACUUAGCGUGGCGGCGCACCCCUCCGGAACCCAGCCCGCUACGGACGUCACCCCAGCCUCUCCCAGGAUCGGCCAGCGCUGUGUUGGGGAGAUCACAAGUCUCGCGGACGUCGCCGCAGCGGAGAAGUGCCUGACUAUCAACAAUCGCACCUUCGUGGUGCCCGCUGGGCAGUCGUUGGACUUGAACCCCGUGGAUGGCGCGACUGUGACGAUGCAGGGUCCAGUCUCCUUUGCUCAUUCGAACUGGGCUGGUCCUCUCAUGACUAUCAGUGGAAAUAACAUUGUCUUCAACGGACAAGGCUACGAGUUAAACGGCAACGGAGACCAGUAUUGGGACGGGCUCGGUGGAAACGGAGGCGUGGUGAAGCCCGCCCCAAUGCUUCGAGUUCGUAUGAGCGGAACCUUUGAAAACGUCAAGGUCUUAAACACACCUAUGCGUGCAAUCUCCGUCAACGCGAACAAUGUGCUCGUGCGCUCGAUCAACAUCGACAACUCGGCUGGAGACGUCGCGAACAGCCAAUCCAACGGCAAGCCUGCAGGCCACAACACGGACGGUUUUGACGUGUCCGGAAACAAUGUGCGAAUCGAGAACUCACAGGUUCACAACCAAGAUGACUGCCUGGCGCUGAACCGCGGAACAAACGUUACCUUCACUGGCAACACCUGCUCAGGACAGGGCCACGGGAUCUCCAUCGGCUCCAUCGGCAACAACACCGUUGUCUCUGACGUCAUUCUGAGUGGAAAUACCAUCACCAACAACGGCAACGCCAUCCGGAUCAAGACCAAGGCGGACGCAAGUGGGUCGAGCGUGUCGAACAUCGUCGUUUCGAACAACAAAGCAACCGGAAUCACUGGAUUCGGCGUCCUGAUCGACCAGAGCUACCCCGCCACGCUCGGCACCGCCGGCACGGGGGUCAAGAUCAGCGGAGUUUCCUUCUCAGGUACCAACACGUUUGCGGUAACGUCCAAGGCCAAGCGCGUCGCUGUCAACUGCGGAAGCACAAGCAGCUGUUCCGGCACCUGGGACUUCAGUGGACUGACUGUGACCGGGGGCCAAGCCGGAUCCAUCAAAAACGCGCCUGUCAAAGGCGGCUCUUUUUAAGGGCACCGUCAGCUCGGGUGCAUCUCACAAUCUUUC